UCAGUGGCCUCCUUCGACCCUCCAAGGUCCCAGGCCAGCCUGGCACACUGGUUAGCCCUGGUUAGGUGCUUGUCUUCUAGGAUGAGCUAUUUCCUUUCUCUCUGCAGUGCUCACACCCCCAGAAGCUGCUCCAGAUUGCCCAGGAACUUCUGCACACCGAGGAGACCUAUGUGCAGCGGCUGCACCUGCUGGACCAGGUUUUCUGCACCAGGCUGAUGGAAGCAGGGAUACCUCUGGAAGUCACCACUGGCAUCUUCUCUAACAUCUCUUCCAUCUACCGCUUCCAUGGACAGUUCCUGCUGCCUGAACUACAGAUGCGCAUCACAGAAGAGUGGGACACAAACCCCCGGCUUGGGGACAUCCUGCAGAAGCUGGCCCCUUUCCUGAAGAUGUAUGGCGAGUAUGUCAAGAACUUUGACCGGGCAGUGGGACUGGUGAGCACGUGGACCCAACGCUCACUGCCAUUCAAGGAUGUUAUUCACAGUAUCCAGAAGGAGGCAGUUUGUGGGAACCUGACCCUGCAGCACCACAUGCUGGAGCCUGUGCAGAGGGUCCCCCGCUACGAGCUGCUGCUCAAGGACUAUCUGAAGAGGCUCCCCAGGGAUGCUCCAGACCGCAAGGACGCAGAGAGGUCCCUGGAGCUCAUCUCCACAGCCGCCAACCACUCCAAUGCAGCCAUUCGGAAAAUGGAGAAGAUGCACAAGCUCCUGGAGGUCUAUGAGCAACUGGGUGGGGAAGAGGAGAUCGUCAACCCAGCCAAUGAACUGAUCAAGGAGGGUCACAUCCAGAAACUGUCGGCCAAGAACGGCACAGCCCAGGACCGCCACCUCUUCUUGUUCAACAGCAUGGUCCUCUACUGUGUGCCCAAACUGAGGCUCAUGGGCCAGAAGUUCAGCGUCCGGGAGAAAAUGGACAUCUCUGAUCUUCAGGUGCAGGACAUUGUAAAGCCAAACGCAGCACCUACAUUCAUCAUAACGGGAAGAAAACGGUCCCUGGAGCUCCAGACUCGGACAGAAGAAGAGAAGAAAGCAUGGAUUCAGGUCAUUCAGGCCACCAUAGAGAAGCACAAGCAGAACAGCGAGACCUUCAGGGCCUUCAGCAGCACCUGCAGCCAGGACGAGGAGCCUGGCUUGUCUCCAGACUCGCCUGUGGUGAGCACAAGCUCUGUGGAGCCUGCAGUGGUGCCUGAUAGCAGUGGGAGUGCCACAGGGGUGAGCGACCCCCACCCAGUGUUCAACAAAGAAUCAGACCAGGGUGACCUGGAGGGUGGAAGCCAACGGGUCAGCCUGCCCCCUGCUGUUUACUCAGGAUCUGAAUAUGCAAAUGUGAGACUGUGUCUGAGGCCAGGCGCUGGUGACUUGGCUGUGCAGGUGAUCCCAACUAGAGGCUCUUGGUGUAGACCCCAUGGAAGCCUGUUGGUGGUCAUCAUGUAACCGUGUGCAUCUUUAGGGAUUCUCUGAGCUCUACGUGAACGUUGUGCUCUUGCUGUGUGUAAAUUAUGUCUUGGUAAAGCUUAUAGUAAAAAGGUGUCCAGCGGUGCAAAAACACAGGUUCAUCCUCACCCAAGAGACCUAGUCGUCAUGGAGCCCUGGCCUCCUCAACUCUCUGUGUGUUCUCAUCUGCCUUAAGAAAGAUGAACCCUCCCCGCCCUCUAAAAAUCGUGGCUUGGGGUAGGUGGCUGUGCCCCUGAAUCCAUCUGUCAGGGACUGAAUGUGGGACCUUAGAGGAGGCCCUUCUCCCUUCAUUUAAUUUACGGAGUUUAGUAGACUGAGGCACUGAUGUGCAAGCUGCACAGUGAGCAUCAGUACCUGAGCCAGCUGAGGGGCCCCACAGCUCCCUGCACUGAUGGUGACACCAUGGGGCCACACUAGGCCCACAGGCUGGACAGCACUGUGCUGGGUCCUGCCGUUCUCCUGGCUUAAAAGAAUGACAGGACACCUGCGUGGGUUGUCCUCCCUUGCCCCUCCCAGACAUGGGCUCUUCCUCUCCCUGGGGGGUCUCCAGACACCAUCUCAGGGCACAGUCCCACAUUCUUCCCCCACACUUGCCUCCCUUUCCUCAUACU